AUGCCGCCGAAGAAAGCAAGCGGCGGCGGCGGCGGCAGUGGUGGCCCGAGUAAAAAGACAGAGGCGAAGAAAAAGGAUAAAGUUAUCGAGGAUAAAACCUUUGGGCUUAAAAAUAAGAAGGGAGCGAAGCAGCAGAAGUUUAUUCAGCAAGUUGAGAAGCAAGUGAAGAGUGGCGGCAUUCACCCUGCCAAGCCUAUGGAUGACAAGAAGAAAGAAAAGGAGGCCAAAAUGAAGGAACAAAAAGAAUUAGCGAUGCUGUUCAAACCUGUGCAGACACAGAAAGUUGAAAAAGGUACGGACCCCAAGUCGGUGGUGUGUGCAUUCUUCAAGCAGGGUCAGUGUACGAAGGGAGAUAAGUGCAAGUUCUCGCACGACUUGACACUUGAAAGAAAAGCUGAGAAACGAUCUCUAUACGUGGACAUGCGAGAUGACGACGACAAUAUGGACAACUGGGAUGAAGAUAAGCUAAAGGAAGUAGUUGAGAAGAAACACGGCGAGGGUGAUAAGCAGAGACCUACUACUGAUAUUAUCUGCAAACAUUUCUUGGAAGCUGUAGAGAAAUCAAAGUAUGGGUGGUUUUGGGAGUGUCCUUCUGGUACUAAAUGUAUAUACAGGCACGCUCUCCCACCAGGCUUCGUUCUAAAGAGAGAUAAAAAGAAAAUGGAGGAGAAGAAGAAUGAGAUCUCUCUUGUCGACCUGAUUGAAAGAGAGAGAGCCGCACUUGGACCCAAUCAGACAAAGAUUACAUUAGAAACUUUCCUUGCCUGGAAAAAGAAGAAGAUUAAGGACAAACACGACGCUCAAACGAAGGCUGAGGAGCAACGUCGCAGUGACUUCAAGGCGGGUCGCGCGGUGGGUCUGUCCGGGCGCGAGAUGUUCUCGUUCGACCCGGCGCUGGCGGCCGACGCGGACGAGGACGACGACGAGGCCGUCGACCUCGCCACCUACGGGGACGAGGACGUCGACACGACGGAAUACAGAGAAGUACAGUUCGACCUCAUCGCUAUGGAAGCUUCCGAGGCGGACGACACGGGUACCAAAGCGACAGAGGACAGACUGCACCAACUAGGCCAGGGUCUGUCCAAUGGAACCAGUUCUACUGGCGACGGAGACGACACUCAGUCCUCCAAGGAGGGAUCCUCUACCGACACCGCCUCCGCUGUACCCAUCAACGAAAACCUCUUUUUAGAUGAAGAUUUAGACGAAGAACUUCAAAACUUAGACUUAGAAGAUUAG